AUGAGUGCGGCCGGAGAUAAGGGCGUGAACGGGGUUCUGGUUUGUCAGGAGAGUUACGCGUGCGGCGGAUCGGACGAAGCCGCCUACGAGUGCGACGAAUGCGGAAGCUUACAGUGCACACGCUGCGAGCUCGAGCUCCACCGCCAGGAGCGCAUGCGCAAUCACGACCGGGUCCGGAUCGCACCGGGACACGUCCCGUUCUGCGACCAGUGCAAAGGACACGCGGGCAGUCCGACUAACGGAUCCCGGCACAGGGCCGUAGUGCGCUGUCAGGGCUGCAAGAUCAAUUUAUGCCUGGACUGUCAGAAGCGGACGCACAGCGGCGUGAGCAAGAGGAAACACCCGCUCUUUGCUUAUCCGCCAUGCAAAGCGCCGGAAAAGAUCCCCAACUCUGGCGAUGGAGAGUUAGAUGAUUGGAAAGCUCAGCUGGAAAAAGUUCACAGCUUCCUCCUGGUGGAUGAGAAAGAGGAAAUGCAGGUGAAGGACGCAGACGAGUUCGUCAGCAGGCUGGGUUGCGCCCCGGACGAGCUCCUGAAGGUGGUGUCCAUCUUCGGGAACACGGGCGAAGGCAAAUCUCACACCCUCAACCACACGUUCUUCAGAGGCCGGGAGGUGUUCAAGACGUCUCCCACGCAGGACUCCUGCACGGUGGGCGUGUGGGCAGCGAUGGACCCGCUCCAUAAAGUAGUGGUCGUGGACACCGAGGGGCUCCUGGGAGCCGGAACUAACCAGGGCCAGCGGAUCCGGCUCCUGCUGAAGGUCCUGGCCGUGUCCGAUCUGGUGAUUUACCGCACACACGCCGACCGGCUGCACGACGACCUGUUCAAGUUCCUGGGCGACGCCUCGGACGCGUAUUUAAAGCAUUUCACCAAGGAGCUGAAAGCCACCACGGCCCGCUGUGGUCUGGACGUGCCACUUUCCACUCUGGGCCCGGCUGUCAUCAUCUUUCAUGAGACCGUCCACACCAAAUUACUGGGCUCAGAUAAGCCCUUGGAAUCGGCAGAACGUCUUCUCCAGGAGCGUUUCCGAAAGCUCGGCCUCUUCCCCGAGGCGUUCAGUUCCAUCCAGUACAGAGGCACGCGAACCUACAACCCUCCCACCGAUUUCAGCGGCCUGCUGCGCAGCGUGGAGCUGCAGCUGGACAACACCACCACGCGCUCGCCACGGACGGCCAGCGUCAUCUACAAAGCCCUAAACGCCCUGAGUGAGCGGUUUAGUGGUGAGAUCCCUGACGAGUACCUGUCCAGUAACUCCUUCUUCCCUGAUGAAUAUUUUACCUGCUCCAGCAUCUGUCUGAGCUGUGGCUCAGGCUGCAAGAACAGCAUGAACCACCUGCGUGAGGGCGUGAUCCACGAGGCCAAGCACCGCUGCCGCUACUCCGCCCACUACGACAACCGCAUCUACACCUGCAAGGCGUGCUAUGAGAGCGGUAAGGAGGUGAUCGUGGUUCCUAAGACCACAGCAUCCUCCGAUUCUCCCUGGUUCGGUCUGGCCAUUUAUGCCUGGUCUGGGUAUGUAAUCGAGUGUCCAAACUGUUCAGUGAUCUACAGAAGCAGGCAGUACUGGUACGGGAACCAGGACCCCGUCGACACCGUGGUCCGUACCGAGAUACACCACGUUUGGCCGGGGUCAAACGGAUUCUCCAAGGACAACAACAACGCCGCACAGAGGCUGCUGGACGGAGUCAACUACAUGGCCCAGUCGGUGUCGGAGCUGAGCGUCAAGCCUGCCAAAGCCGUCACCUCAUGGCUCACCGACCAGAUCGCCCCCGCUUACUGGAAACCCAACUCGCUCAUCCUCAACUGUUCCAAGUGUGGCGAGGCCUUCAACAACAGCGAUACAAAGCACCACUGCCGGGCGUGCGGAGAAGGCUUCUGUGAUGGCUGCUCGUCUAAAUGCAGACCCGUACCCGAGAGAGGAUGGGGACUGACGCCGGUCAGGGUGUGCGACGCCUGCUUCCAAAACCGAGGAAUCCCAGAGGAGCUGUUGGACGCUGCUUUGGAGGAGGAGGAGAGCGGCACGCUGAUCGCCAGGAAAGUGGGAGAAGCCGUGCAGAACACUUUAGGAGCCGUGGUCACUGCCAUAGACAUCCCUCUGGGCUUGGUUAAAGACGCGGCGCGGCCGGCGUACUGGGUUCCCGACCAGGACAUCCGUUGCUGCUAUCAGUGCCAGCGUGAGUUUAACGCCCGUCUCUCCAUCCAUCACUGCCGAGCCUGCGGACAGGGCGUGUGUGACGGCUGCUCCCCUGACCGGCGCGCCGUACCGUCUCGCGGCUGGGACCAUCCCGUACGGGUGUGCAUCACGUGCACCCAGAAACCCGGAGACCUUUAGCAGGACGUACAGAUUCCGGACGCCGCGGGACCGUCCGGGAGAAGCCACGCGUGAUUUCGUACGUGGACGCUCCUCGCCACCUCUCUGGUGAAGGAAAGACUCGAGUAUCAUGUUUCAUUCGCAGCUUACAUUUUUUCCCCCACAGGAUGUUAUUUUGACAAUCCCUUGCUUAUUAUACAGAAACCCACAGCGCAGCCUUCACUCAGAUUCCUCCAGUCGUCUCUGGAUGAAGGAUUUUCCAGCAAAUCCGUAUCGAAUCGAUCCGGUUACAGUGUGUGUGUGAAUCCGGGGAAUCUCUGCACUGUACUGUACGAUCGGACCGGCAGGACGCUCUCAGAGCCGGCGUUAACACGGCGCUUAGUUUACGUUGCUCGUUCCGCUUCCGGACGUCUUCCUUCAAGGAGAAAUCCAUCUGUAUCCAUACACUCGUCGUGUAGCGCGUGUACACCGAGGAGCUCGUUUUAUAACGUUUAUAAACUUUAUUACAGACGAUUUCCCUCGAACUCACACACACACACACACACAGACAGAGGAACUCCUGCAGCGACGUGUGGAAUACGUGCCAAAACGAAACGCAAAACCUUCCUCGCGACAAACCGCGUGUGGCGUCGCGUUUAGAAUCCGUCGAGACGCGAUCAGCUUCCCUGCGUGUAACAGAAUGGAACGAUCGACACAUCGUCACACGCUCUACUCCCAAACGUAUUCAUAGUACAGAAGGUCGUAGGUUCUUAGAAUACCAGGCGACAGAUGACGGAAAUAGUCCGGACGUCAACGUCCGUUACCGCAAACAUCGGCGUGAAAGAGCGUGCAGAACUAUGAUGGAUUUGUAACCGAACGGAGCGGUUUUAUCCUCCAGACGUUCCCACGUGCCGUCCUUCGGCGACGAGACCAAACAACAUUAAAACCAACGUAAUAACCUUUCCCCUUCCGGCACGUUUUCUUCACGUCGCUAUUAAACUACUGAAGCGAUGCGUGUGCGUUUUACAUAAAUUUCUCGUUAUGUUCCUCCGGACAUCAACCUACGUGCUCAUCCGGAAAGCCGGUUCUACUCUGUCUGGAGGUUAUUCAUCGUCCGUUUCGGAUUCUACGACGAAGAUCCGACGUUCUCCGUCGCCAUCGAACCGUACGAUCCGGAGAUCGGAGAACGCGCUCGUGUAAACGUUGAGUUUGAGGGAUAUUUCUCGGUCCGUUUAUACGUCUCCUUUACGUCCCUCCUAUCGCCGGACCCGUAUCCGUGAGUCCGGUGGAUCCGAGACGAGCGCUCACACUUUAUUGAGAUAUUUUAAAUGGAAACUUUUCGCACUGCCACGACUUCGUCCUCGGAAUUAAAUCGUCACGUUACGCGCUCCGAGACCGCCGAUCUCGACUCGCAACCAAAGGCGUGUGAUUUUUUUUUUUUUUUUUAAACUUUUUUUUUUUUUUUUAAAUCUGCGACGGCAAAAUCGAGCUGAAAAUCGUACAGUGUAUAUCCAGCUUUAGCUACGUAGAAGACAUGGCAUGGCGUAAACUCAUCUGCUUGACUAUACAUCACCGUCAUUCACGUUUCACUCAGUAGCUGUUAGCGUCUAGCCCCUGGUACGGGUUAAUACAUACGUAUGAUGCAAAUAAAUAAAUAAAUAAAAACCCCACAAAAACAGUGCUUGUCUGUAACCGAGUUUAUUUUAUUUAAAGGUGUAAUAUUAGGACUGGAUGUGACUGAGACUCGAUCAAUAACUGUCAUGUUUUAUUCACCUUGUACGCUGAGGAAAUUAAACAUGAGUACUUUUAA